CUUUUUUUAUUUAUUUUUUUUUUCUUUAUAGAUUCUCUUUGUUACUUCACUUGAUUUGAACAUUAUUCAAACUGGCUAGCCAACAGAACAAUACCGAAGAAAAACAGGCUUGCUUGGCAACAAUACCAUGAAGCUUACGCCAAUGAUCCUGCUUACGCUGCUUAUUACCAACAAUAUCAUCAAGGUACAGAUCAACAAGCAUAUUAUAAUCAUUAUUAUCAACAACAAACAGGUUAUACAGCAGAACAACAAGCUGCUGCAGCAACUCAACAAGGAUACCAGUAUGAUUACAAUAGUGCUUACGGACAACCGGUUCAAAAUGCUAACAAUUAUUAUACUCAAAACUAUUCAUAUGGUCAUCAUUAUUCUCAACCAACAGCAACAACAGUUUCGCAGCAACCAGCUCACAAUUACUAUCAAUAUCAACAAGCACAGCAACCUACUACAACAUAUACUCAAUCUGUUACAAAAUCUACUACAAGUACAACUGCGUAAUAUACAUAUCAAAAAGAAAAAUAUAUUAAUGAAAAAAAUAUAUAUAUGUACAUCUUCUCACAUCCUACCUUUUUUUUUUAUUAUUAUUAUUAUUAUGAUUAGUAAAAAUGUAGGAGCAACUCAACCAGCUUACACAUCUUCUGAUGUGACAACAUUGACCGGAUCAAUGUCAACAACAGACCUUGAUGGCGUGACACCAGGCAAGUAAAGUAAAAAUGACGAUAUUGAAAAAUGGAACAACAAAACCAUCACAAGUUGCUGUUCCAUCUUCUGCAAAUAGUACCCCAACAACAACAAUAACAACAACUGCAAAAGCAAAACCAACAACAACAACGACAACAACAACAACGAAACCGAGCCAAUCUGAACCUUUGUCAAUGGAAUCUUGGCCUCCUUCUUUAAAGGCCUAUGUUGAAGAUGUCUUCCGGUAUAGUUCACCUGAAUU